AUGGCUCCCCAGGAGAACAACGCCUGCUAUGAUCAGAACAAACACGACUUUCUGCUCCAUCAGCUUGACCUGUACAAGGCACUCUGCCAUGUAAGUUAACACUCUGCCAUGUAAGUUAACACUCUGCCGUGUAAGUUAACACUCUGCCGUGUAAGUUAACACUCUGCCAUGUAAGUUAACACUCUGCCGUGUAAGUUAACACUCUGCAGUGUAAGUUAACACUCUGCCAUGUAAGUUAACACUCUGCAGUGUAAGUUAACACUCUGCCGUGUAAGUUAACACUCUGCCGUGUAAGUUAACACUCUGCAGUGUAAGUUAACACUCUGCCAUGUAAGUUAACACUCUGCCGUGUAAGUUAACACUCUGCAGUGUAAGUUAAUGCUCUGUCAUGUAAGAAACUGCUCUGCCAUGUAAGUUAACGGCCUCAUAGAGUUGGCAAUCAUUUCAAAAAUAUUAUGCACUACAAAACAACAACAACCUCAAACAUGAUCUUAUUAUUUAUUGCAUCUUUUUUAAAAAAAAUAUUAUUAUUAUUAUUUUUACUAUGGUGACAGUUUAUGUUAGUUUCAGCUUUAGAUUUACCUGUCGCUCUCAACAUUUUCAGGGGCGGAACGACUUUUCCAUUAACAUCAUUACAAAAGAGCUGAGGUACCUGACCUGGGAGGAGACCUUUCUGUCUCUGAGGUCAGACAUUCUGCCGGACGCCAUCAGGGCCAAGUACUGUGAUCUCACUACCA